AUGUUAACUCUGAAGGCGAGACUGUUAUCAAUCCUCGUAUUAAUGACAAAACUUGCCAGUGUUGAAGAACGUUUCAACAAAGGCGUUUGUGAAUGGAGUUGUUCAGUCUCUACUGGCGAAGCACUGAGCGAUGCCUUACUGAAAGAAAAACUGUUGAAGUUGGCUAUCACGUAUAAAGAGCGGGUAGAUCUUGCAAGAUGUGCCAACGAAACCAAAUCGGAUACAAUCACCAUUUCAACUGCAAUGGUUUGGUUGAAGUCGUUCACUGACAACCAGACGUCUGCAAUUGCGAUUAUUACACGGUCGAUACUGGAAGUUAUUUUUUCAGGGCAGUUCUUUACAGGUAGCCCCAUAGAAAUGACGCUGUCUUGUAAUUUCGAGCUAACCUCAAAAAAGAACUCAACAAACGACAACCAUCAACCAUUAACGCCGCUCCACAGUCCGCUAUCUAUACUGUAUUAUGUCGAAAACCUUGCAAACUACUCUAAAACCAAUUCUACCCUGGUUCUAAUAAAAGUUGAUAAACGAUUUUGCAUAUAUCUGGUUACUGCUGGUGCAGCAGGAAAUCAAAGUUCUCACACCUUUACCAAGGAUAGCGAGCUAUUCACUUUUGAGGACAGUUGGCUUCCAAUUUUAGUAAUCAUUUGGAUUAGUUAUGGUUUAUAUUACCCUUUGAUAUUUCGGUUAUUUCGACCGUCAAAGCUCGAAGUCAAACUGCCAAAGAUACAUAUCCCUUUGCCGGAAUAUCCAGUACAAGGAAAAUACCGUGGAGAUGACAUGAAACCGUAUAAGUUUGCAAGUCAAGACGACGAUAUCUCUUCGCUGAAUUAUCCGAUACAAUACAGUUUCCCUGAAGAUGACAUGAAACCGUAUAAGUUUGCAAGUCAAGACGACGAUAUCUCUUCGCUGAAUUAUCCGAUACAAUACAGUUUCCCUGAAGAUGACAUGAAACCGUAUAAGUUUGCAAGUCAAGACGAGGAUAUCUUUCCGCUGCAAUAUCCAGUACAAGAAGAAUUAUGGGCAUAUAACAUGAGACCAUAUCAGUUUGCAAGUCAAGGCAUGUAUGAACCUUUGCUGGAAUAUCCAGUACAAGAAGCAUGCAGUGGAGAUGACACGAAAUCAUGUCAGUCUGCAAGUCAACCUUGCCCUACAGAACACGUGGAAGAAACAGAUAUGUCUCAUCAGCCCAACGCCAAGAGUGAAAACUUGACAGACUCCAUACGAAAAGCUGUCGCUCCAUGUGGCGGGGGGAAAAAUAGUGCUUCGAGUUUUGUCACGUCUUGCAAAAUUCUAAUCGAUCAGGAUACUGACGAGGAAAAUUGUGGCCAUGAUGGAAGUGGUCAAGCUACGAUUGAACGAAGCAGGCAACCAGACCAGUCAUCUGUGGAUGGAACUCCCGAGACCGAUAACACAAGUGCCACUCAAGGUUGAGUAUCAUUUUUAUUCUACCAUUUUGUUUCAUUGGGUUAGGGGAUUUCUCACUAACUAUUUAAUUACCAAGAAUUAAAUUUCACCUGUAACUCAUCUCUUGAUCUUGAUAAUACAGAUGAUUAUGGUUUGCACAAUGGUGCCACCCCAGAUGAAAGUGACCAAGAUACAAGCGAAGUUGAAAGAAGGGAACAGUAUCCUCCACGUAAGCAACCAGACCAGUCAUCUCCUGUGGAUAAAAUUUCUGAGACUGAUCACACACAUGUCAUUAUUGUUGGAGAAACUAACCCUGUAGGAGUUGGGAGCUUCAUAGGUAACAGUCUCUUCUCAUUGUCAAACAAAAGCAAAAAAGUAAUGGCUUUAAAGGUGAUUUUCAGUUUUAUUCUACCAUUUUGUUUCACUGCGUUGGGGUAUUUCUUACUAAUUAUGAUACCAAGGUUCUCAAAACAAAUAUCAGCUGGUAUGCCAUCUCCCUUUUUUUUUGACUCAGUGUUUCACAGUACUAUUAAACAUCCUGCACUGUCAAUUUUGGUUGUAUUGUCAGCGUUGUGUUAUGUGAUUCAGUUAGUCUCUGUUUGUUACCUUUUCAGUAAAAAUUCUGAGAAAACAGGGGUGUCAUGUUCUCUCCACUCAAAAAGUUUCAUUUGUGUUGUGUAUGAAAAACUGAAAUUGCUUUUGCCAGCGUUCCUUAAUUAUAAAUCUCUUUGUAAUCCAAGUACACCCUGUAGGAGUAGGCAUUGGAACUGUUUCAUAUAUGUCGCAUGUUGUCAGCUUUGGAAAGGUCUGUCUAUUUUUUUGUCUCCAGUUUAUGAAAUUUAUGAGGAGAAUGCUAAGGGAUGUUUUGAAUACUGUGAGAUUCCACAGAAUGCCUCUCUCACUAUAGAAAAACAAGUGGAUAUUGCUAUAGGCUACUGGAGUGCCUUUGUUGAGCGCUGUACCAGCCUCAACGUGAAGAAUGUAUGGGAUAUGUAUAAAGUGAUAUUACACUUUAUUAAAAUUCUAUUUAGCUCAUUGGCAAUUAUACCUUUUGUUUUACAAAUUAUUUUUUCUUCUCCCCUGGUUUGCCUGUGGCACCAAAAUCAAUGGAUUCUUAGAGAGCUAUUCAAAAACAAGUCGCACUGUUCUUACUAUAUUUGUUCUCUUUUUUAUUUUGUUAUUUCUGUGUUUUCACUAGUUUGGCUGAUAUUCAGCUGGGGUAUCUGUAACACUGUUCCGUCAGGGGUGCUUAUUGUAGGUAUUCUCAAAACAUCUGCAAGUAACCCAAGUGCAUUGCUCUCAGAGGUUAUCAUUGUAAUAGUCAGUGUCUGUUUCCUCUGGAGUUAUUAUUGUGAAUUUACCAAGUUUUACUUUGAUCUGGUGUAUAAACUGGGUUCUUCCUACCAGAAGAAAUAUGAAGAACUAACGAAAAAGCAGAAAGAAGAUGUAGUCUUGCUUAAUUAUAUACAGGGAGAGGAGGGACAUUCUAUCAAAGUAAUUCCAGAAAAAUUGUUUAAGAAUGCUUGUAAGGAUCGUAACCUACAUAUCAGGAAGCAGGUAGUACGUCUCUUGAUUAGGUUGUUGAUCGCAUUUCUCGUGCUAUCAUUUGUGUGGCCAAUCAUAAGCAGAGAGGCAAUCAUGGCCACAAUCUCUCCUUUGCCAGAGCUCUCCACUAUCAUAACGUUUUUUGUUGUGGCAUGUCCCAGAAUCGAUUACCUUAUCUUUGGGGAAAAAUUUGAAGUCUCCACAGAGGAUGCUGAUAAGUUUGUCGAUGAUUACAUUACGGAA